AUGAGCUUCCCAAGCUUCGCGGACUUCAAGAAUGGUAAUCUUGACCUGCAACUGCAGCUGCUGGAACUAUUGUUUGAACGAAGCUCGUCACUAGAAUCAAUUACGUUAAAAAACCCUGACUUCAUGAAUCAUAUAGGAUCCGAUUAUGCGUCAUUUGUGGAAAAAGUUCGGACUGGGCUUCACUCUCUCUGUCACCGAGCGAUCAGGGGCGAUCCAGAGGCCAAGAAUCAUCUAAGCAAUAUAAUCGCUGCCCAUCCAAAAUUGGGACAGCCCAAACAGAAGCUGUCUGCGCAUUCAGCGCAUGAACAGCGCAACUUAGGAAACUCCGAUUCGAAAGAAAUACUAGAAACACUCAAUGUUUUAAAUACCCGGUACGAGGCCAGAUACCCUGGUCUUAGAUUUGUUGUGUUCGUCAAUGGACGGCCGAGACCUGAAAUCAUCCAAGUUCUGCAACAAAGGAUUGAAUCCGGCAAUUCGUGGUCAGAGGAGGCUCGGGUAGCUUGCAAUGAAAUGUGCGACAUUGCCUUGGACAGGAUCCAUAAAACGCAAAUACCACCAUCUACACAUAAGCUAUAA